AUGAUCCUGCCGGUUUCGGCUUCUCCAUCCCUCCCGCCUUCGUAUCCGAAGCUUUAUUUGAAAGCCAGUAAAAAACUUUUACAGCCUCAAUUUCUUUUACUUAUUUUUGCAAAGAAGAAGAUGCGGAUGACUAAAGAAAUGCCUACCACCUUUCAAUUUAGGAAUGCUAUGCAUUCAAAUGAACAAUCUACCACAAUGAAACUCGAUGAAGCUCGAUCGUCUUCGCGAGAAAUUUGGGAAAACGCUAUAAACACUUUACUAACUGCACUCGAGAACAUUUUGCUAGACAAUAAUGGUAUGUCAAUAAAACUUGGAAGCUCUGAAGCUGACCAAAGAGUGAAAAGAUUAUCUGCCUCUGAACCUAUGAUGUUGGAGGAAUUUGAAGGUUCCUUCGGUAGUUUAUCACCCCUUAAACGAAAACGCGACGAUGAUAAUCAACGUAAAUACAAAUGUCAAAAAAUCUCAAAGUCAUUGUCUUCAAGAUUGGCUAGAAGUCUUUCAUUCUCAGAAGAUGAAACAAAUGAUGAUGAUGAUGGAUUAUCGAAUACAUUUGCUUCCUUGAACACUCAUGAAAUAACACGUUCAUCAUUCAGUUUUUCAUCUUUACCUCAACGUAAUAUCAAAAGUUUUACCAGUCGACUCUUUGACAGCAAACGCGCAAAGAAACUCGUUAAUAAUUCUUUAGAUAUGGAUAUGAUGAUUGAUAAUAAUUCUAGCGAAUUUGUUGACAGUGAUACAAAGCUGGUUCACGAACCUGCUAGGAUACAAUCAUUACGUCGUAUAUUAUCAAAUCCUGACGAUAAUUGUUGUAAUUGGAAUAUUACGAUGGCUGAUUGGAUUGAAUUACAAGCACAGAAAAGAAAUAUGUCUUUACAAGAAUUUCAAUCGCGGUUUCAGGAACGAAUUUGCGAUAUUGAAUCAACACUUACAAUCCUUCAUAAUUCAAUUCCUCAAGCCUUUGAUGAUAUUAUGUCUUUAAUUGAUAGAUUAUUGAGCAAUGCUGAAUGGCUGAGAUGCGACUAUUGUAAACCUUUCAUACAAAUUUUUCCCCAAUGGCAAAUUUUGGGAAAGAAUGUGGAGAAUAUUGUUCAAUAUGUUGAAAUCGUUGAAGACAUGAAAGCAACUGCUAAUUCUGAAUAUCCUCAAAACAAAGAUAUUGGAUGUAACUUGCAAAGAGUUCUAGAAGUUUUGGAAUUCAAGAAAUCUUUAUAUGGUGAAGUUUUGCAACAGUCAGGGUUAUCAUGGAAGGCCCUGGGAUUCCCUGUUGAGGAUAAUUGGUUUCAUGCGAUGAGACAAUGGCUAUUUGGUUUGGCUUUCAAUUGUUCUGCCAUUAUGAUUAAUGAAAUGAAUAAAUAUGGCCACACAAAUGCAGAUGACAUAAGAACCACGAAGAUUAUGGAAAACAUUAUGAGCUGUAUAAAGAUUACAAGUUAUACCGUCGAAUUAAUUGGAUCUCCAAAUAGCGAACUUAUUUUAUCAAGUCUUGUUCUCGCCACUUCUUAUGUCAAUCUAUCAUUAUCUCAAAUAGAUAAAAUGGAAAGUAAAGUUCGAUGUGUCGAAGUCCGAAUGAUGCAUAUUUGCAAUAACAUUAAUCACAUUCUACAUCAAUUAAUUAUUGUACAAGACAAAUAUGGGCAAGAUAUCACAUUUACAAUUGAUAAUGAAGAAUAUCAACAAAAUCUUAAAAAUGUUGAAAAUUUUGCAACAGCGUUAGUUGAAGUUGGAUUAAGAUUAUGCGAACAUAUUACUAAACCCAAAACCAAUACUGUGACAAGUCCUGUAAACUUUAACUAUAUAUAUUUAGAUUUCGUGAUGAAGUUUAUUAAUAGGGCUCUUGAGUAUUCUGGUAUAGAAGAAGCAGUAGAAAUCAGAAUGCGUCCUUUGCUUGCAAGUUUGAAAAAUAUGGAAGACUCUCUGUCUUCUGUAUGA